UGAGAGGCCCCGAUUGUUGUAAAUCGAAACGACGCGGCAAAGCCGAACAAAGCCCUUUUACAGAAAAUAAUCAAAGUGGCUUUGACUGCAGUUGUUGGUGUAGGGUUUAAUACGUUGAGACAGUGUAUCAGACAGCGAUCUUUGUUCGCCAGCAGAUACAUAAAUUCUACACUAAAUAUGCCCAAAAGAACAAAGAAAGCGGUUGUGAAGGAUGAAGACAAUGAAGAUGUAGCUGAGGCAAAACCAGCCAGAAAAAGACAGAAAAAAGAACCAGCAGAGGAUGCUAAGCCUGCCAAAACCCCUAAAGGCAAGAAGGAAAAGGAAGAAGAAAAUGGUGAUGGAGAUACACCAGCAUUGAAGAAGGUACCAUCAGUUGAUGUGUCUGGAAUGGAUUUUACAUCUGAUUCUAAAACAGAAGAUGGUAGAACAUGGAAUGUAAAGAUAGCAUCAUGGAAUAUAAAUGGUAUCCGAGCAUGGUUGUCAAAAGAUGGAACAAGUUAUAUUAAAGCAGAGGCCCCAGAUGUUAUGUGUUUACAAGAAACAAAAUGUGAUACAUCUAAAAUACCAGCUGAUUGUAAAAUAGAAGGCUAUACGGCUCACUGGUUAUCAGGGGAUAAAGAAGGAUAUUCAGGUGUUGGGAUGUAUACAAAAACAAAACCUAUAAAUGUUACCUAUGGUAUAGAUGUUUCAAAGCACGAUAAUGAAGGAAGAGUUAUUACAGCUGAAUUUGAGAAGUAUUAUGUUGUUACUGCAUAUGUACCUAACAGUGGUAGAGGAUUACCUAGAUUAAACUACAGAACAAAAGAAUGGGAUGUAGAUUUCAUUAAAUAUCUAAAAGAUUUAGAUGCAAAGAAACCGGUUAUAAUGUGUGGUGAUCUAAAUGUGGCUCAUCUUGAUAUAGAUCUGAAGAAUCCUAAAACUAACAAGAAGAAUGCAGGUUUUACACCACAAGAAAGAGAAGGUUUUACUAAUCUAUUAAAUGAAGGAUUUGUUGAUACGUAUAGAAAGUUAUAUCCAGAUAAAGAGGCAGCCUAUACAUUCUGGGCUUAUUUUAUGAAUAAUAGAGCUAAAGACUGUGGAUGGAGAUUAGAUUAUUUUGUUGUAUCAGAAAGAUUAACCAAAGAUCUGUGUGAUAGUGUUAUUAGAAAACAUGUCAUGGGUAGUGAUCAUUGUCCAGUUGUACUCUAUAUGAAUCUGUAAUCAAAUAUUGUCUACAUCUAAUCGUGAGACAACUGUUUUGAUUUUUAUUAGAGUGGAAUAUAAUGUUAUUAUUUCAUCAUUUUCUAUUCAUGUAACGAGACAACGGGUUUGCUUUUACCAAUUUGAUUAAAACUCAGAUCCUGUCUUGUUUUACUUUUCUUUACUAAACUAGGAUCUGGAAGAGUUGUUAUAUAACUUGCAUUCUGGAUGAUGUGAAACGGUCUGUUAUGGCUAGUUUUUGGCGUGAGGUGCUUGGAACUGUGGGUAACCCACUAGAAACAUCAACGCUGAUUGGGUAAUCAAAUUUCUGACGUCAAAGGAUCAAAAGCCGCUCAUUUGACCCCUGACAUGACCUUCCACUACAACUGAUUAGAUCUUCAUGUAGUGGAGACCAUCGAAAGAAUAAAAAAAAUGAAAUAAAAUAUAGAUCUGUAUUUUAAUCAGAUUUUGCUUUUACUAGAUUAAAAAUAAUGUCAUUUUCUAUAUGUAAUAAUCCAUGAGAUAAUGGUUAUGGUCUUACUAGACUGGAAAAUAAUGUUAUCAAUUUCUUCAAUUCACAAAUUGUUUUUAGAAUUCCUUAUUAAAAUAAUAAGCUUUCUAUGUUCUAUGUAUAAUUUCAUUAUUUUCUUCUGCACAAUAUUUCACUCCAAAUAAUUUAAAAUAAUCUAAGCGUCUGACCUAUCAAAAGCCUUAUAAGAUAUUAGGGUAAUGAAAAUUGUUUAAAGUUUUAACAAUUCUCUUUACCCCAAAAUUCCAUUCAACAUCAUUAAUUUACCUAGUCCUGAGUUCACAAAGCAUUCUCAGACUUAAGUUAAGAAUUUACUCAAAAUUGUUCGUCUUAUUUUGACUAAAAUAUAGUCCUUUAUAAAACUAUUCUUGUUUUAAUGUAUCAAAUACAUCAAUAAGAAACUGUGUGCAAUUGUUUGUGUUUCUGGAUCAAAGAUAUUUCUCAUAAACAGUGAUUGAAAGUUGAGUAAAUUCUUAAUUUAAUUCUGGGCCUGGUGAGCUGUCAUUUUAUCAUCCUAUGUAUGUGUAUUUUUUAAAUACUGCUCAGCAGACAUAGUCACAAUAUCAUUAGUAUAAUGAACUAUUUGAGAUAUAAAUAUGUUGUAUUCUGUAUAUUAUUGUUUAAUGUGACAGGGAAUAUCGGGGAUGAGACCACAAUAAAGACAUUUUUAACUUUCAACUAAAUCUCUGGAAUAUUUUUUUUUCAUACUGCAAAACAUUUUACAAUAACAAGUUAUUUUCAUUUCUUUUGUUACAUUAAUGAUUGUGUGCAGAGCCCGUUUUUGGGGU